UAGCUUAAAAAGUCAUCUUUCUUUCCGGUGUAAACAAUCUAAAACAUGACGUUGCACUAGGACAAGAGUGGUUGGAUUAGGUUAGGAUGAUAUAAGCAGACCUUCAACUUGAAAUUGAAAGCAGCAACGCAUCUAGUUACUACAACAGAUUGAAAUAUCUCUAUGAUUGCUGAAAUCAAGAAGGAAGCAAUGAUUACAUUGGCUGUAUUUUUGAAUCACUGAUUGAUGUUUAAAGAAGAUAAAGAGUCAAGGCUGCCAGAGAAAUGAGUGAAAUUCGUUCCAGACCCUCUUCCACACAUGACCCCUCCUACGUAAACCUCUUGGUCGAAGAUACUAUGACUGACCCUAAUAACCACAGUAAGGCUGACCACCUUGAUGACAAUCUGAAUCCGUUAGUUUCUUCCUCUGCCAACACUAGCGACCAGCAGGAGAAUGAUCAAGACUUCCCCAAGACCAGACUGUUUGGAUACAGCUUCAAUACGGUAGUGUUGGUCACACAUUUCAAUAUAUUUUUGUACUCUGCUGCUUUCUGGAUUCAAAAUGCAGUGUUUCCGUAUUUAUCUAAAGAACUGGGGGCAGAUCCUGUGGUGUUUGGGUAUCUGCAAACCACUUUUGCCCUUGUGCAGUUAGCAGGUGGGCCACUGUUUGGUCGCUUUGGAGACUUGUUUGGUAGCCGCUUGGCCAUGAUGCUCUCCUUCUGGGCAGCUGCAUCAACUUACUUUUUACUGGGAGUAUCAACAAAUAUGCCUUUGCUGUUUUUAUCACGUUUGCCUUCAGUCUUCAUGCAUGCCAUGCAGGCUGGACAGAUGAUUGUAACAGACGUCUGCUCAUCAAAACAGAGAGCAGAUGCUUUAGGCAAGCUGGGCAUCUCCUAUGGAGUUGGAAUGGUUGUUGGGCCUGUGGCAGGAGGUCUCAUAGCUAAAUAUUUUAGUCUAGAAAAAGCAGCUUUUGCCGCCUGUAUACUCUCAUUCAUAAGUAUCAUCCUUAUCUAUAUGUACAUACCUAGAACAGUCAAGAAAGUCACACAUGCUGACAGUGACAAGAAUGUCUUCAAUAUAAAGAAAAUAAUAGAUCUUCUAAAAGCUCCAGGAGCUAUGUUUCUAAUCUCAAUCAAAAUUGCUACAGGUAUACCAAUGGGUAUUUUUCAAAGUAUGUUUAGUAUAGUUGCCUUGGAUUUAUUUAAGCUACCUCCUGAACAAAAUAGUUACAUUAUGUCUUAUAUUGGAGUCAUGGCCAUGAUAGUUCAAGGGAUUGGUAUAGGAGUGGUCACCAAAAAAUUCUCAGAGCUCAACAUUCUCUUUGGGUCAGCCUUCACUCUUGCUGUGUCCUACCUUUUGCUGUCCUUUACAUCAACGGUCCUGGAGAUGUGCCUUGUGUUCAUCCCAAUGACCAUUGGUCUGACCUUUCAGAAUGUGAUAACCACCAGCGCGCUCACACACACAGUGAGUGAUGCUGAUACAGGUGCAAUGCUGGGCCUUAGUAUGGCAGUGAACUCACUUAUACGAUCACUCUCCCCAACAAUCGGAGGCUAUAUGUUAGCCAGCUAUGGCUUUGAGUCCUUCGGCUACCUGGGCUUUGUGACUUGCAUGGCUGUGACUCUGGUUCUGUUUUGGAAGAAGAGGUCAACUCCAGAUUAACAAAGCUAAGUGCAGAACAAUGCAGAAAACGCUGACUUUGUUAUUGAAUCCUCAGGCUUUUGUGAUUGUAUUGGUUAAAACAAGGCAGAAGCAAUACAGUACAAUCGUUAUAGAUGUGUAAGGCUGUGACUUGAAAGCAUAGUAUGCUGCUUACAAACCCUAACUGCGAAGGAAAACAAGGGGUUAUAAAAAGUAGAAAGUAAAAAAAAAACAAAAACAAAUGGUUCUCAGCCAACAAUUUUAUUUCUUUUUUUUUUCUGGCUACCUUCUAUGAAAUUUUAGUAAAUGCUCUGCCCUGUCUAUCUUUUGUCUUUUAUCAAAUCCAUAGAAAACUUUGGUGAUCUUGCUUCAUAUCAUGACUCAAAGUAAAUACUUUAAUAAAAAGAAGAUAGAGCUAUGUUAUUCAGUGCAAUAAAAAGUAACCAAAGCAGUUCUUUCUUUUUUUUUUUAAAUAAAAAUGUUUUGUUUUGGAUAUAAAUGCUGCCAUUGGAAUCAAUUUUUCCAUUACUCUACCAUUUUGAAAAAAGAAAAACAGAGAAGUCAAGCUUAGAAACCUUCUGCAUCAUUAAACAUUUAUUGAGCUUUGAAAUUAAACAUUUUUCUUUUUGUUUUGUUAAAAAAAAAAACUUUUAAAAAUGUACUAAGAGAAUUUUUGAGAAAAAAACAAAUUUGUUUUUCACCUGAUCCUAGAAUCCCAGAUUUGACUUUGGUUACCUUUUUAUCUUUGGGACUUUAUUAAUCCAUGUGUGGUAAUAGAAUUAGUUUUGUAAACAAAGAGAAUUGACUUUCAUUGAAUUUCAUAAUGAAUUGAAAUUACAGUAACAAAUUUAUGGCAAACCACCUAUUUCUAUGAAAAGCCAUCCUGCUAUGUUUAUGGCUUAAUUAAUGGCAGGAUUGUGUUACCAUAUUUUUUUUUUACUAAACAGCGUUGUUAUAUGGAACUGCAUAGAAGUAAUUAAUUUAUUCACAAUAUCAGAUAUUCACAAAAUGUAAUAGUAUUUUUAAAAUUCAUUUAUUGCUGUAUUUUAGAUAGAAAAUUUUCAAAGUAUCAAAGAUUUGAUAUAAGCAUGUUUGUUUGUAAUUAUUAGUUUUUAAAUAUUCUUCAAUAGACUUUUUUGCAGCCAAAAAUCAUAAUAUUUAUGUUUUUGUAUAAUAGAUUUAAAAUGUUGGUUUUCUUGUUUCUCUAUUUUGCUUUUUAAAUAAUUUUUUUUUAACCUAUGUGUUUUCUAAAUAAAAAACAAACAACAUUUGCUAGGUGCGUUUAGCUUAUUCUUGUGUCUGACCUAUGUAACUGAUAUACCUACAAGAUUUUUAUUUACAUGCAUCUUAGUCUUUACUUACAGACUUAAUCUAUUUAUGUUUUAAUUUAGAAUCGUUCCAGAAAACUGUUCCAUAAGUUUAAAGUAACUUUAAUCAAGUUGAUGAUCUGCUAGGAAUGAUUUUUUUAAAAAGAUUUGCAUAUUUUUAAAAAAUAAUAAUUGUUUGUGCAAGUUGUGCAACUCUGGCAAUACAAGAAAGAUCUUUCA